AUGAAAAUAUUGAGCAAUGGCUGUCUUCAAUACCUCUUCCAAGAAAUCGCAUACGCCAAACUGAUCAUUGCUAAUGGCAGGGCGGAUUUUGCAGAUGCUUUUCAAUUUGUGGUGCGUUUUUACAUAGACACAUGAUGGAAUCAAUUUUUUAGCUCAUCUCGCGUCGUUAUUUCGUAGAGGUGUUUUCGAAUAAAAUCUACGUGUACCACCUAACCCCAGUCGAUGCUGUCCUUCAGCUUGAUGAGGAUGAGAACAACCGAGAGAAGCAAGGAUUCCUGCAGCUUCUUCAAGUGGAGUUUCGUAUCCGAGGUAGGCUUUAUUACAGUGUUUAUAUUUAAGAUAUUUCGUAUGAUUACAAAAGAUUGUUUCCAGCGGCAGGUGGCUACCGAGGGAUUUGCCGGCAAAGACCGUUGAUAACUCUUCUGAAGCUUGUUCAAGCAAUAACCGAAGUCGAGCCCUGUAAUGGCCGCGAUCAAUACGUCGUAUCAGUUGAUGAUCGGAACCUGGAACAAUCUUUAUACUUGAUGAGAAAUUUGUAUGGUAAAUUAUUGCAAACUGAUUAACUUAUUUCAAUCUUGUAGCCAAUCGAAUCCCAACAGUCUACCUUCCAAAUGGAGGAAGAUAUGUGAUGAUUGAAGAGUUCUACGAUACGAUCUCAAACGACUUUAGUUAUCAUCCCCGGCGUCUAUUCGGGCGGUCCAGAGCGCUGUCGUACAUGGGAGCGGAUGCGGAUGAUCCAAGGGUUUUUCAAGUCGUAACUGUCUGUGAUCCGCAGGAGACUACUUGUACGUAAAGCUCGGCUUCUUUUUGGGUUUUCUGCUCGUGCUUCUAUUCUAUUCUUGCAGAUGAUCCUUUCAUCUUCAACAUCAAGACUGAGAAAUUGUGUGUGCAUUUAAGCUCCGUUGAGGAAUGCGAAUGGUGGGUUGUUUUUUCGGUUAUUAGGACACUUGAUCAUAACGAAUAACUUAUAAAGGCAUUCCGAAAAAAGUUCCUUAUUCUGGCCACAACAAAGGUACUCCGCGUACUGCGCCCAAGCUUGGGAACUAAAGUAAGGAAAAAAGGCUUCGACUUAGAUCACUGACUUACUAUAAUAGCCCUAUAGUUGUAUGGGUACCUAGGAAGACUGUGACGACUCAUUUAGUUUUAUACGGGGGCAAUAAGUUUAGUUCCGGACAUGUUUCAUCGUAUACAGUGUGAAAUCGCAGGCUGCAGCCAUUUUUGCACGGUGAGGUGGUACGUAAAAAAGAAGGUACCUCACUAACUAACUCCACUGUUUGCAUUGACAACGGUGAAUUGAGCCUGCACGCCAAACUUGGGCCAAUUCUGACCAGUUUCCGCAAAGUUAUAAGUUGUGGCCAGAAUAAGGAAUUUUUACCGGCAUUCCUGUAUGUCCAUAGUCAUCAUUAAAUCAUUACUUUAAACUACAUGUCAGCCCUGAGGUGCUCUUCAUUUUAGAGCAGCUUUUAAACAAAGAAAAGUUUGGUUUUUUUAUUUUGAUAUGCCACUUGUUGCAGCUUGCCGUAUAUGCCGCAUCUCAAGAUGCUUGAAUGUGAUUAUGUUCCUCUCGGUGUCUUCAACAACUCUGGAAUUGAUACGUAUUAUGAAGAACUUUCGGAAAAGUUAGCCGAGGCAGCCCCAAAUUUGGAGCGGUUACAUCUGUCAUGUGAAGUUCAUGCCUUUUGUGAUGUAAGUUAUUUCAUGUGUUUGCUAAAAAAUUUUUUUUUCCGACCUUACGACUAGCCGAAGAAGGAACUGUCCAAGCUGGACUGGCAAUUCACAAUUCCAUAAAAGGACUGCAAUCGAAAAUAAAGAAGGUCGGAUGCAGUGUUGAGAUUAUUGUAAGGAGCAACGAUGACGUGAGUAAUUCAUUCACGAGGGAAAUUUAAAUUUAGAGUGUUUUGGAUGAAGUCGACGAUGUUUGUGAUCACUUCAGACAGAAGAUUAAGGACAAUUUCAAAAAAGCUGGGAUCACUUCGUCCGUUGAUUGGGAUGAGGUGUUUUUCGAUCUGUGGUCGGUAGAAGAAGGAGAUCCACUGCUGGAAAAAAGUCAAGGAAGGGAUAAUUUUCUGAUUUUUGAGGUUUUUUGA